AUGAAGCGGGGAGACCCGGGGGGAGCCCAGCGGGGAGUCCCGGGGGGAGACCCGGGGGGAGCCCAGCGGGGAGCCCCCUCCGGACGGCUCGCGGUGACCCUGGAGGACGCAGAUCUCUGGCGGAAGUUCCAGGAAAUCACGAACGAGAUGAUCGUGACCAAGAGCGGCAGGCGGAUGUUCCCGGUGCUGAAGGUGCGGGUGUCUGGUCUCGACCCCGCCGCUCUCUACUCUCUGCUGCUCGACUUCCUGCCCACCGACGGACGGCGCUGGAAGUACGUCAACGGGGAGUGGGCGGCGGCUGGGCGGGGCGAGGGGCGGGGCCAGGGCGAGGGGCGGGGCCAGGGCGAGGGGCGGGGCCAGGGAGGCGUGUACAUCCACCCAGACUCUCCCAACUUCGGAGCCCACUGGAUGAAGGCGGCAGUGAGCUUCAACAAGGUGAAGCUGACCAACAAGAUGAACUCAGGCGGUCAGGUGGUCCUGAGCUCCCUCCAGCGCUACGAGCCCCAGGUGAGCGUGGUGGGGGUGGGGGCCCCGCCCCGCCUGCUCACCUGCGUCUCCUUCAGAGAGACCGCCUUCAUCGCCGUGACGGCCUAUCAAAACGAGGAGAUCACAGCUCUGAAGAUCAAGUACAAUCCCUUCGCCAAGGCCUUCCUGGACACGAAGGACAGGUGA